AUGUCGUCUAUGCGCGGACUUGUCCAGUUCAUCGCGGACCUUCGAAAUGCCAGAGCCCGGGAGCUGGAGGAGAAGCGCAUAAACAAAGAGUUGGCCAAUAUUCGACAGAAGUUCAAGAACGAGAAAUUGGAUGGCUACCAGAAAAAGAAAUACGCCUGCAAGUUAUUGUACAUCUACAUCCAAGGAUACAAUGUCGACUUUGGGCAUCUGGAGGCGGUCAACCUCAUCUCCGCUACAAAGUACUCGGAGAAGCAGAUCGGAUAUCUCGCGGUGACGCUCUUUUUACACGAGGAACAUGAACUCUUGCAUCUGGUGGUGAACAGCAUUCGGAAAGACUUGUUGAGUCAAAAUGAGCUCAACAACUGUCUGGCUUUGCAUGCUGUCGCCAACGUUGGUGGGAGGGAAAUGGGAGAGGCUCUGAGUUCCGAAGUACACCGGCUUCUCAUCUCUCCCACUUCCAAAUCGUUUGUAAAGAAGAAAGCUGCCUUGACGCUCCUACGUCUCUAUCGAAAACAUCCUGCGAUUCUUCAGCCGGAAUGGGCGGAGCGUAUCAUUUCGUUGAUGGACGAUCCGGACAUGGGAGUCGUCCUGUCAGUCACUUCGCUCGUCAUGGCCUUGAUUCAGGACCAUCCCGAAGCCUACAAGGGGAGCUAUGUGAAGGCCGCCCAGAGGCUAUACAAGAUCGUCAUCGAGAACGAUAUUUCCCCAGACUAUCUGUACUACAAAGUGCCCUGUCCCUGGAUCCAGGUGAAGUUCUUGAAGCUCCUUCAGUAUUAUCCGCCAUCAGAAGAUUCACAUGUCCACGCUAUCAUCCGCGAGUCGCUACAAGCCAUCAUGUAUGCUGCAACGGAGGCCCCGAAAAAUGUCCAACAGAAUAACGCCCAGAAUGCCGUGCUAUUCGAAGCCAUCAAUCUUCUGAUCCAUCUUGACACGGAGCAUGAGCUCAUGAUGCACAUAUCUGCCAAGCUCGGCAAGUUCAUCCAGUCGCGGGAAACAAACGUGCGUUACCUGGGUUUGGAUGCCAUGACCCAUCUCGCCGCCAGAACAGACACGCUGGACCCGAUCAAACGCCAUCAAAAUAUCAUCUUUGGUUCGCUACGAGAUCGGGACAUCAGCGUACGAAGAAAAGGACUGGACUUGCUGUACAGCAUGUGUGACACGUCCAACGCCCAACCCAUUGUCAAUGAACUGUUGAAGUACCUCCAGACAGCCGACUACUCGAUCCGAGAAGAGAUGACGCUAAAGAUUGCUAUCCUGACGGAAAAGUAUGCGACCGAUGCCCAAUGGUACAUCGACAUCUCACUGAGAUUACUCGCCAUGGCCGGGGACCACGUCAGUGACGAAGUCUGGCAGCGCGUUGUGCAGAUUGUAACCAACAACGAAGAAUUACAAGCUUACGCCGCACAACACAUCUUUGACUAUCUGAAGAUGGACAAUUGUCAUGACAGUCUCGUCAAAAUUGGCGGAUACAUUCUGGGAGAGUUUGGACAUCUGAUCGCCGACAACAAGGGAUCUAGUCCGAUUGAGCAGUUGAUGCUGCUGCAGACCAAGAUGAUAUCCGCGCCGGACCCUACACGGGCACUGCUGUUGUCGACCUUUAUCAAGUUUGUGAACCUCUUCCCGGAGAUCAAGCCCCAGCUUCUCCAGAUGUUCCAGUUCUACAGCCAUUCCCCCGAUUCCGAGUUACAGCAGAGGGCUUGCGAAUAUCUGACCAUUGCGACAUUGCCUACGGACGAUCUACUGAGGACGAUUUGUGAUGAGAUGCCUCCGUUUUCAGAGCGAGCAUCUAUCCUGCUCCAGAGAUUACACAAUAAGAGUGCGGGCACGAGCGAACGCCGGACAUGGGUUGUCGGGGGUAAGGAUGCCAAUGCCGACAAACAGGAAGUUCUCCUGGCCCAACAACAGACAGGCCUAAAACGGACAUUCACAACCAUUGUCAACGGGCGCGGGGCGGAUGCCACUUCCAGCGCCAACGGCACGGGAACAAGGAGUGUCAGUGGCUUUUCGCAGAAUGGAUUCAGCAGUGCUUCGAAAGACCUGGAGGGUCUCGACAUGAACGGCCAGACCACAACAACACCCGAACUUACCAGCACAACCCAUUUGUCCCCAGAUUGGGAGAUUGGGUAUGAGCAAAUGUUUUUCGCCAAUGAAGGGGUGUUAUACGAAGAUCCUCAAAUCCAAGUCGGCAUCCGAGCCGAAUACCGCGGCCAUCUGGGGGUGGUGAAGUUGUACUUUACGAACAAAGCAUCGUUUCCAAUCGGAUCCUUUACUACGACCAUCGACAACAAAUCGGCCCCGAAUCUCAAGAUUGACACGAAGAAUCUGCCCGACUCGCACGUCGACGCCGACUCUCAGGUUCAGCAGACUAUUGUAUGUACUUCGGUCGCACCGUUCUCUGAAUCACCUACGAUUCGGAUUUCGUAUCUGGCUGGCGCCCUGCAAGGAUACACGUUGAAACUGCCGAUCUCGCCUCAUCGGUUUAUGGACCCGUCCGAGUUGUCGGCCGAAGAUUUCUUCAAACGAUGGCGACAGAUUGGGGCUGGGCCUUUGGAGGCGCAGAGCACGUUUGGUCUCCGUUCGUCGACCACACCCAUGAGCGACGAAUAUAUUCGAGAUGUCGUCCAAGGUUUCCGAUGGCGGCUUUUGGAAAAGGUUGAUCCGAACCCGAGGAACUUUGUUGGGUGCGCCGUGCUACAGCUCGAGAAGGGCAAGACGGGCUGUUUGUUGAGACUGGAGCCGAAUCAUCAACAAAAGAUGUAUCGGUUGACGAUCCGAGCGACUCAGGAAAAGGUCCCAGGGAUCUUGCUCAACAUGAUGCAAGAACGGUUGGCAAAGGGGCCGUGA